CACAGUACACACACACACACCCAUCCUCUCUUCUUCCUCUAUUGUCCCCUUUAUAAAAUUGAAGUUGCCUUUACCAGAAAGGUAGACAAAAAAGAAGCAGCAGCUUUUAAAGUGAGGGUUUUCCUCAUGCUCACUUCCAGCCAGGCCAACUUCUGUGGCAAAUCCCCCUUUCCAACCUGUAACUCUGAUGUGCUCUGGAUCAGCUUUUAACUCGUACUGAUAUAUACUGUCCUCAAACCCCUUCUCCCUUGCGCUGCCCUGUAGUUCUGCUUCUACCCACUGCGGCACACGUACCCUCAAAGUAGCAUAAUUCUAACCUCCGGAGGCUGGCAGCUUGACUUGGCACUUUAGGGCCCCUUAGCAGGGUGAGCUGUUAAAACAGCACACAUCUCUCACCCCUUUCCCGCCGUUCCCACUGGGUUUUGGAAAAGAAGGAUACGUGGGGACCACCUCCCUCCUCUUUGGCCCCAGCACCCAGUUCCCCUCCUGACACUUCCAUUUGGUUCUCAAUGGUGCUCACUUGCUUGGAAGCAGGCUCCCCACGGGGAGGGGGCUGCCCUCUGCAUGGUCUCUGACCAUAGGAAGGGCUCUCUCAGUGAGACAGUAAGAAAAGUCCCAGACUAAUGGCAGAAAUUUGCACUUUGAACAUGUGUGUUUUUGUGUUGUGGAACCCGAGAUUCCUUAUUUAUUAACGGAAAGUCUGAUUUUUUUUUUUUUUUUUUUUGUCUUCGUUGCUAUAUUUUGUGGGGCUGGGUGAGAUUAGAUUAUUCUGAUGUGGGGUCCUUUCCAUAAGAGGUACAUUUGAAGGCAAGAUACAGUUUAAAGAAGCACAGCCAGCCUCUAAAAUCAUAGCUCUCCUCCAGUGGCCUUUAAAGAAAGCUGGUCCUCAGCACUAACAGAAUCACUACAGUAGCCUAGUGCUUUUUUGGAAGCCUUUUUAGGAAAGGAUGUUAGGUUUGUGGUAAUUAGUGCUCUUUGAGUUUUUAGAGCAUUGCGAUUAAGAAAUUUUGAGGGGAAGAGGAGGGUUUGUCCAGGGUCUGAAUUACAGAUAAAAGAUUUGUGAAUUCUUUUUCUUGUCCUCAUCAUUUUACACAUACCUUCCUGUUGGCCUAACUUGGGCCCCUGCUUUGUUUUUGCUUUUGCUUUGUUUUAUCAUUGGUUCAUUCCAGCCCCGGGGAGGACCCUGCCUCAGUGCAGGAGCAGGCUAGGAGUCGGACAUUGGGAGUCAGAAUUGCUCCUUCCCUUUACUGACACUUGGGACGAGGCAUGACCUCAGUAGAUAAAGUUGCUACUUGUAUAAUAAUGACUUUGGCUUUCCCCUGGAAUUCUGUGUAUCACCACUUUCCUUGAGAGUAGGGGUUCUCAUGGGGUGGUUGCUUAUCACUGUCCAUGGGAAGAGAUGGGUAGUGUUUCCGGUGUUCAUAACUCCCAGAAGACUCAAAACCUAUUCUGGUUCAUUUUUCAGAGUUGGAAGGGCAAGGCCUCGCCUCCUGUGUAUCUCAGAAGCUGGAAUUAAAGGCUUGCCCUAUUCAUUGUUUGUCAGAAAAGUAUGAUGACUGUAGGAAAGAAUGAAGUUUUGCUGAGAACAAAAUAAGGAACAGCUUGUUUUUCACAAACACUAAAACUGCAAAGUUUAUCAAUUUUCUCUCUGAUUUAGUUUUUCCCAAAAAGAGGGGUAACAAAAUGUCAUAUUUGAAAGAGGCUUGCUUUCCACCCACUGGUGUCAGUGGUUGGGAUGCCGGGAAACAGAGUGAAACACCUACAGUGAACCUUCUUAAAUGCACUAUUGUUUCUUCUCAGAGUGUUGCAAAUAUGCCGUCCCUCCACAGCGGGGGUAGAAAAUGAAAUAAGGGUGGCCGAGAUGUAGAAUGUGCCUUUCUGCCCACGCUUUGGGUUUGGAGUUGACGCUGGUGUGUUAACUAGACUUGAAGAUACUGUGAUUGAUGGGAUGGGUCUUGAGCGAAGUGGAUCGUCUCCCAUGAAGUCCUUUUUGUUCCAUUUCGCUCACUAGCAUCUAGAUGCCCACACUUAACCUUCUGUCUCUGUCACAUUUCCCUUUUCUCUCAGCUCUGUAAGUUACUUUUGCAGUGGUUAGUCAUAGAAAAAAAACAACUUUAAAAGAUGGAGGGAAAAAUACGUACUUUCCUGUGUCACACUCCUCUGCCCACCAAUAGCAACUGUUCUUUUUCCCUUUUUUUGUCCUUUUCAAAGAAUUGGCUUCAUGAAAUUUUCAAUCCUCUUUCUUGCAGUUUGCGCCAAUAAAUUUUUGUAGCAGUUUGCAAUAAUACAUUUUAAAAUAUUAUUCAUGGAUUUUAUCUUUUCCUUUUGAGAAAAGGGAAUGCUAGCAUAGUAGCAGUUGGUGUGCGUGACCUCUCCGCACUAGGCCUUCUUCCCUUCUGUUCCUGGGUUGUGGACUUACUGUCCUUCUAAGGAGCUCUUUGAAUCUUCAAAUUUUGCAUUCCCUGUCUUCGUCAAAUUCUAUUCCCUCUUAAAUAACUUCCCACUGCCGGUUCUCCAUCUUGAGUUGGCAGUUCCAAAUUUUGAAAAUGUAGUUGAGAGAGAAAUAUUCCAGGGGAUGUGCUUCCCUUGUUGGUAAUUGCCAAGGAUUAUUUUGCAUUACGGAGACUUAGUAUGCUUCAGAAAGUUGAGCUAUCAGGGGUCAGGAUUAUUGGGAGCUGAAAAAAUGAAGAUACGGAAAAGCAUCCACAUAGAGCACUUAAACCUCCUUUGUACCUGUUCGGAGAAAAACUAGAGUGUACUAAACCUAACUAAGGUUUUUAUGGUCUGGGUGUUUGAAGUACCAUUUUCCUUCCUUUUUCCCACUUUUCAAUGUACUCAAGAAAAUUGAAAAAUUGUAAUGGAUCAAUUUAAAAUAUUUUAUUUCCUUAAAACCUUUUUUGCCUGUUGUAAUGUGCAGGACCCUUCUCCUUGAUGGGAGAGACAGGUAGUUACCUGAAUCUAGGUUGAAAAGGUUAUGUAAAAAGAAAUUAUAAUAAAAGGGAUACUCUGCUUUUCAAAUCCUUGUUUUCUCUUAAUCUAGUAAGACAUAUCCAAAAUAAAUAUGUAAAGAAGAAAAAUAAAAGUUGUCUUCAUGGAAGCAACUGGUCUUCCUUGGUUGUACUGAGUCACAGAUGUCCUAGGGGUGAAAUGGUUGGUGCUGCUAAGUGAGAACCAGCGCCUGCGGUCAGGAGGAUGCAUUGUGGGGUACGGUACCGUUGUCUGCUCUUGUUAAGAAUCGGGUAGUUAACUCUUGACUCCACUUGGCUCUUGAUUUGAUCUUGAUGCUGAGAUGCCAUGUCCUAUGUGACCCUUUGGCAAACUUGGGAAUCUCUUCACAGGUUUCUAACUGGGAAAGGAGGCUCUGUUAGAGUAGAGCGUUGAGGCUGCUGUGAGAUUAAACUCACUCUGCUGAUGCCAACACUCUGGUAGCACUUAACACCCAACUUCCUCACAAAGCUCAGUGUCCAUAUCGAGUACUAACAUUUAAAAAGAAAAAAAAAAAAUACAAUACUACCUUCUUAAAAGGCCUGUGAGAGCUGCCCAGGCCUCAUUUGUUUCUCCCUCACAGCCUUCGUUGGUUGCUCACCUCUGGAAGUUCACAGGGGCGAAGGCGUGCGUUGCAGUCUGGCAGCAUCAGCUGUGAUGUGAAGUGGUGACAGCUAACAGAUGGAUUUGGGGGUGGUCCGCAGCCCCAUGUCCUAGGCGUGGUGCUCACCCCUGCUGAGUUCAGCAUAGCGACCUCACCCGCGCCUCGGAGCUUGCGGGCCCUCACUCCAAAGACCAGUUUAUUCUCUUGAUAUCCCUGAGAAGCCUGUGGUGUAUGCCUGGGCUAAGUAGAGAAAGGAAAGCGUGUUGUCACUUGAGUGCGACUGCCUGAGAAGUGCUACCAUGUCAGGCUUGGGUGUUUCCUGUCCUUUGGGAGAGAACAGGCCUAAACAAUACCUUCCUCAUCCUGCAGCUACGAGGGGCGGCUCCAUGACAGAUUAGAGAUGCUUCUCACCAACUUGAACACCACAGCCAGCACAUGGGAGUGGAAAGAUGCUGUGUUUUUAAAAGACUCAUUUCACGCAAACUUGAACAAAAUCUGAACCACCUGAAGAAUGAAAUUGGAAGUCAGUGCGAGAACAGCUGUAGAAUCAAAAGCCUGUCUUUAAAUUUCGAGCCGACUUACUGGAUCUUGUGCCUGUUUCUUAGUUUCUUAAGCCUUGAUUUCUUGCUUAAAAUGGGAAAACAGUAUCUCAUAGAAUUAUCCUCAAGUUCAAAGCCUGAAAGCCUUUAGCAUGGGGUCUGGCCCAGGUUAGGUGCUUAAUAAAUGGCAGCACUUUCCAUAAUGACUUAAUCCUGUUGGAUGCCAGCUAAAAAAAGAAAAGGAUAUAGGAAGGAUGAGGGAGGGUGAUAAUAAAUGAACUAAUUAUUUGUGUGUGUAUGAGAGUUUACAGUAGGCAGGGGUGUCAUGAGGAUUAGUGUGAUAGUGACCUUGUUGCUAAGUGCAGAAACAAAACAAUGACAUGAAAACAAGUACACUAGGCACUGAGGAGGAGAGAUGGAGGCAGACGCCGAAGGAAAGAAAGGCUGAUUAAAAAGGGGCCUUUGAUUCCACAAGGCAGAAAAUCCACAGCCAGGAAUUUGCUGCCACCUCUGAGUCAGGCAGGGGUGGGGGUGGGGUGCACAGUCCCAUUAGUGGAGAAUGCCCAGUGGAUUUCGUCUGAGAGUCACAUUUCUUGGACCAGUGUAGACAGAAGCAAACCCAGCUCACUUGUUUGCUGGGACAGUUGAGUUAGGUGGGGAUGGCUUUCGCAGCACAUUCUCCACAGAGCCCUCCUCGCCGGGACCUCUGCAGCCGCUCUAUCUGGCUAGCAAGGAAGAUUCGUUCAGACCUGACUGCUCUUAUGGAAUCUUAUGUGAAGCAUCAGGGCCUGAACGAGGACAUAAACUUGGACUCUGUGGAUGGUGUGCCUAUGGCAAGCACCGACCGGUGGGGCGAGCUGACCGAGGCAGAGCGACUGCAAGAGAACCUCCAAGCCUAUCGCACCUUCCACAGCAUGUUGGCCAGGCUGCUGGAGGACCAGCGGGUGCACUUCACGCCAACAGAAGGUGACUUCCACCAGGCCAUACACACCCUGCUGCUCCAGGUCGCUGCCUUUGCUUACCAACUGGAGGAGUUGAUGGUGCUCCUGGAACACAAGAUCCCCCCCAAUGAGGUGGACGGGAAACCCAUUAUUGUUGGAGAUUCUGGACUCUUUGAGAAGAAGCUGUGGGGCCUAAAGGUGCUGCAGGAGCUUUCACACUGGACAGUGAGGUCCAUUCAUGACCUUCGCAUCAUCGCUUCUCCUCAGAUGGGGCUCCCAGCACAUGGGAGCCAUUAUAUUGCUAAUGACAAGAAAAUGUACUAAUUCCCCACACCACCCCCACUUCCUUCCUUUCUUUUCUAAUGGAAUAUACAUGUUCUCUGAGGCCUCACUUUCCCAUUCUGAAGUUUUUGAAAGACUUUGAGGCCACGGGCAUUUUUACCAAGUAAGAUUGGAAACAUGGACAGUGGGUUUAGCUUGGGGCGUGUGUGUGUGUGUGUGUGUGUGUGUGUGUGUGUGUGUGUGUGUGUGUGUGAGAGAGAGAGAGUGAGAGACAGAAAGUUGGGGCUGUGAGGCACAGGGCCAUGGGCAGUAUCCUUCCACCUCAGCGCUCUAACCUUUUCUACCCACUAAGUAACCUUUACAGACAUUUAACAGCCUCACAGGAGAAAUUCAUUUUUAACUCUAGUCCUGGAUGACUCUUCUGAGAAGACUGAAACAGUAAAUUAAAAGCCAUGGACUCGAGCCAAUUCAAAUUCUCAUAUAAUAAAAAUAGUA